AUGGCGGGGCCGAGCCAUGCGUCGUUUGGAGGGGGGAGGAUCGUGAAAAAGGCGAGGAGUAGAGCGAAUAGUGAUGAUGAGGGCGACUCCUACGCCCGCCCCACAUCCUUCGUCAAUCCGCCGCCAUCGCCUCCUCCUUCCCUAGGCGGAUCAGCCCUCCCACACCCCCACCAUCCACUCUCCCUCUCGCACGGCUCGCUCUCAUCCCUCUCUUCCUCCCAUCAUCAUCAUCACCCACUCUCCGCCCCCGCCUUCGCCACCGGCGCCGCAUUCAGCGCACUUUCGUCUAUCGCGACGGAUGAAUUGUAUGCGUUAGAGCGGGACGAAGCACUUAGGCGGGCGGAGUAUGAGGCUAGACAUCUCGAGGCGCUCAGGAGGGUCGAACAGCAGUCUGAGGUGAUCAGAUUGGGAAGUGGUGGCGGAGGGGAUCGCGGGUUAGGAGGAAUGAGCGCUGCGGGGCCGAUGGGGAUGGCGCUUGGUGGGCCCGGGGUUGGAGUUAGAGAUAGGGACUGGGAAGCCAGAGAGCGAGACAGACACGCGGAGAUGAUGAGGUUGCACGGACGGAUGUCGAAAAGCGCAGCUACGAGUCCCGUUUCGACGCCGUUCUUCCAGCCUGGCCCAGCGGCGUAUACGAGCAAGAGGAAUCAUAGGCUCAGUAUGGGCGAGGAGGGGUAUUUUGCGGCUGCUGCGGCGGGUGGGGGUUGGGACCAGCAGGACCCGUAUGGGGAGAGGGAGAGGGAGGAGGAAGAUGAGGGUAUUUAUGUGAGGAGGGCGAGGAGGGCUAGUGGGUCUUGGGGAAAUCCUGAGCCGCUUUCGAUGCAUCAUUCACUCGCUGCGGCUGCUGCGUCGACCCUUGGGGGCGGCGCACACCCGCUCGAUCCUCAUCCGCCGGCACAUAUGCACGAGAGGGAGACCCAUAUCGCGCAUCCCCGGGAUCUGACGCAUUCAUCGAGGAGACAUUCGCAUGGACAUAUACAUGCGUCGCAUUCGAAUACGAGGUCGCAGCCUUAUCCGCCGCCGUCGUCUAUCAUCCCGAGACACGCUUCGUCGUCGACAUUGGACGAUCCGGCGUCGUUGGGUCUUCAUCAUCAUCAAAGUCAUGGUCAUAAUGGUAUACAUAGGGAGAACGACUCGCCGUCGCCGAUUAGUACGGAUGGUGAUAUGUCCGCACCGCAUAAUUCGCUUCAUCCCACGACCUUCCGCGACUCGCAUUCGCCGCAUCAUCCGUCCCAUAUUUCAGGUCAUUCCACCGUUGGAGCGUAUGGCGGUGGUGGAGGGCCAGGAUCGACGUACUGGACGCCGAGUACGAGUCCGUUCCUUGGACCGUUGGGAGCGUUGAAUAUACAUUCGACGCAGCCGAGCAGGGCGCCCAGUCCGAUCGCGAUGUUGCCGAGGAGUGUGAGCUCGAUUAGUGUGCCUGCGCUGGGUAAUGGGGGUGGGAUGGGGGGUGGGGGGUUGGCGAGUCCGGUGGAAGAGGGGUAUCCGGGUGGGGGGAUGGGUGGUGGAACGGGAGGGAUGGAGGCGGCGAGGAAGAGGAGGUCGAUGGGCGAUGAGUUGGAUGCGUAUGGAUCGUCAUUCCAGCAACCGUUCUCGAACCAACGCUCGCUGAACGCCUUCUCUAACCCGCACUCGCACUCCGUCCAGACCCCACAACUCUCUUCUGGACCCUCGUCCAGCGGCUCCAGCCCAGGCUCAUACCCGCACUCCAUCAUCUCUCAAGGCGGAUACACGUCCGGACCCGGGGGAACACAUCACCGCGGUGAUGCCUCCCAUCCGUUCUUCAUCGGCGCUGGAUCCGGUAGCGUCGACAGCUCGAGGGCUUCUUCGCCACCUCUGUGGACUCCCGCGAAUCAUCACCCUUCAUCUACAGUUCAUCACCUCGGUGGACCGGGGAUGCACGGCGGAAGUGGAGGAGGAGGAGGCGGGAAAGGAACGAUGGGUGCUCCGCCCGCACCACCGCCGCCUCCACCUCCCGGACCCCACUCCCAAGCGCACGCGCAUCACCAUCUCGCACAUUCCGUAAGGUUGGCAUUCGGGAUGACGCCCAUCCAUCCCAAUCCCAGUGCGCACCCCUCCUCAUCCUCCCACCAGCACCCACAACACUCGCACUCGGCCGGCGCUUUACAUCCGACGACGACGACGUCAGGCCCCGGCGUCCCACCCGCUCCCGUCCAUUCUCAUUCUCAUCCACCACCCGGACCGCAUCCACAUGCGCAGUCGCCGGCCGGGAGAGCGUGGUCCUCUGGCGUGUCGACGCCCACGCGGGCCGCGUUCGGUGCUGGGUUGACGGCCAACGGUACUUCUAAUAAUGUUGGUGGAAGUCCUGGACACGCUGCGCAGGGUUCGAGUAGUUUGAGCAUGCCGGUGAGUAGGGCUGGGUCGCCGCCGAUCAAGUUGGCGCCGUUGAGGAUAUCGUCGCCUGCGCCUGUGGGCGCUCCGAUGAGGCCGGGCGUUGAGAGGAGGGAUAGUGGGAGUGGGAGUGGGGAGGGAGGACAUGGGAGUGGGAGUGGGGGAGGGGGCGCGAGUCCCGUCGGUGAGCAUCUCGUUUCGAAGGGUGUUGAGAAUGCGGACGAGCCGAUGGAGGAUGUUAGGCAGGACGAUGGGAUGAUGUUGAUGGGUAAUAACGGUGGUGGUGGUGGUGGCAAUGGGAAGGUGGGCGAGUUGGCAGGGGUGGCGCCACUGACGGAGAGGGUGGCGUUGCCGGGUUUCAGUGAGAUUGAGGCGGCGACAAGGGGUUCGGUGCCUGCGUGA